CCUUUCUAGUGUUUGGCAAAUAAACCGGUUACUACUUCACACCUCAUUGGAAACAACUAAUCAAGAUUAUAUUUCUCAGGGUACUUGUCUAGUCUAAUAAUUACACAUCGAUUAAUCAGUUUAACCGAACAAUAUUGUUUGUAUACGUACGUAUCAAUCAGAUCGGAAUACCAAGCGCAGCAAACUUAUAGUCCCUGGGGAAAAAUAAAUAAACGUGAGCGCAGAAAUCAAACGGGUACUAACGGAAAUCAUAACGUGUGAUGAUCAGAACCAAUCGAGCGAUCGUCAGGAGCAGAGUUAUAACGCGAUCUUCGGUUGGGAUUAGAUUUUGUCAAUCGUGAAAUCCGUUCACAAGUUGAAGAAAUGGCGCGGUUCUCUUUGUGCAUCUGUGCCUUGCUUUGGUUAGGCGACAUCGUGAACGCAGAUGACUCCCGUGUCACAUUUUUGGACGAUGAUGAUGACGAAUUGUCCACCAAUAACGGCAUUCGAUACUCAGAUUUGGACGACAUGGAGUACGAAAAAGAUAACGGAGACGACACAUUGAUACCUCAACUGAGGAUGUCACACGAAUUGCAGGAAAACUACAUCACGCUACCGGAUAAGGAUGGAGAAUUUCAAAUUGUUCCACGGUUUUCGGUUCGGGAAAGUCGUCACAACAGUAGCCAAUAUGAUGCGAUCAAGUACGUGCGGUUUCGAUUCUACAACCGUUUGAAUCGAAACCAAUCGGCCGAGUUCGGUUUUGAUAAGAUCCGAUCGCUACCGCACGAUUAUGGCUUCAAUGUGUUGCUUCCAACGAUGAUCCUGAUUCACGGUUGGCUAGGCAGUUCCGAGUCCGAAGUGAUUGAGCCAUUGGCACAAGAGCUGUUGGAACACACCAACUUGAACGUUCUGGCUGUAGAUUGGGAGAAGGGCGCAAGUACGUUGCUGUAUCCCGUUGCAAGAUAUCGUGUUCCAAAAGUUGGCAAAUUGGUAGCGGCGGUGAUAGAUCGAAUUUUAGAUUUUGGCCAAACGCCGGAACAGAUCGGAAUCAUUGGGCAUAGCCUGGGGGCGCACAUUGCUGGAAUGGCCGGGAAGAGCACCCGACGAAAGAUUGGUUGCAUCGUUGGGUUAGACCCCGCCUCACCAUUAUUUCGCUUGAAGAAGCCUUCGAAACGUCUGUCGGAUACUGACGCACAAUACGUGGAGGUGAUCCACACCAACGGAAAAGCGCUGGGCAUAUUUUCAAGCAUUGGAGUGGCCGACUUCUAUCCCAAUGGUGGAGCGAAACAACCCGGCUGUGGGUGGAACAUUAGUUGCAGUCACCAGAGAGCGGUGGACUACUUUAAGGAGAGUCUCAAGACUCGUAAUUUUUUCGCCAAUCGAUGUAACGACGAGAAGGGUUUGAGUUCGAAUUGUUCGUUGGGCGUGGCUACGUUGGGAGGGUUUAGAGCGCUGAGGAAAAACGGAAAGCCCCGGGGAGUGUACUACACGCUGACUGCCGACAAAAAACCAUUUUUGAGGAGUGUCUGAUUCGGAGGAUUAGUGAGAAGACCCAACUUAGGCAACAGGGAAUCGACAGGAAUUGUCAGCGAAAUAUUAUUGCAUAACGUCAAUUGAAUCAUUACGUCAAUGAUUACGGUGUUGUCUAUGGUUUUUACAUAGUGCCAGAAAUACAUCUCG